AGUACUGCGUUUCGAACGCGUACCGGGUAAAUAGCAUUUGGCGCGUGUUUAUUCUGAACAAGUGUAGAAACUGUGUGUUUUGUGAGGGUUGAAUGAGCUUUGUUGUCACUAAGCAUAUCUAUUAUAAAGCGUCAAACCUAUGGAGAACAAACGGAAACAAUUUCCAAAUAAAAAUGUACCAUAUAGAGGUCCUAAAAAGCCCCGGGGUGCAGCUGAUGAAGACGAAGAUGACUUUCCUAGUGGCUUUGAGUCAGAGCUGGCUGUUAUGGAGCAGAUGGAACUUGAACAACAAGCUGACAGCCAAGAACUCAUUGGACAGGGCCCAGAAACGGAACACACAAAUAUGAAAUGGAGUCGUCCCCCACCGCCUCAGUUAGAUCCCAGCAGAGAUGCCAUAGAAUUUCAACAAAUAGAUAUUGAUCAUUACACAGGUAAACCAUUAACUGGAAUGCCAGGUUCACAACUAGGUCCUGUUCCAGUAAUGAGAAUGUAUGGUAUUACAAUGGAUAGAAAUUCUAUAUGCUGUCAUGUACAUGGAUUCUCUCCAUAUUUCUUUGUAACUGCUCCAGAUGGAUUUAAGGAGACUCACUGCCAUUCAUUCAGAGAGGCACUAAACAAGGCUGUUUUGGCAGACAUGCGUUCAAAUCGAGAAGAGGUGCAACAAGCUGUACUUGCCGUUGAAAUUGUUAAACGCCAAACGCUCUUUGGUUAUCAUGGUCAGGACAUGCAAACUUUUAUCAAGAUAACUGUGGCACUUCCACGUCUUAUUGCUCCAGCAAAACGACUUCUGGAGAAAGAAGUGAUUUUUCCAGCACUUGGUCCUCAUCAGUAUCAAGCAUAUGAAUCCAACAUAGAUUUUGACAUCAGGUUUAUGGUGGACACACACAUGGUUGGAUGCUCCUGGGUGCAGCUUCCAGCAGGCAAGUGGCGGCCUCGCCCUACAGCACAUGUGCAGUCCCGUUGCCAGAUUGAAGUUGACAUAUCGUGGGAGGAUCUCAUUGCACAUCCCCCUGAAGGAGAGUGGAGCAAAGUAGCCCCUUUUAGAAUAUUAAGUUUUGACAUUGAAUGUGCAGGAAGAAAAGGUGUAUUCCCAGAACCAAAUCAUGACCCAGUCAUCCAGAUAGCUAACAUGGUAAUUCGUCAAGGAGAACAUGAGCCAUUUUUGCGUAUUGUUUUCACUCUUGAUACUUGUGCUCCAAUAGUAGGUUGUAAAGUAUUGAGCUUCGACAAAGAAACAGAGAUGUUGGAAAAAUGGGCAGAAUUUGUGCGGGAAGUGGAUCCUGAUCUAUUUACUGGCUACAAUAUUAAUAACUUUGACUUUUAUUAUCUAAUUAGUAGAGCCACUCAUUUGAAUGCAAGAAAUUUCAAUUAUCUUGGAAGGAUUAAGAAUAUAAAAUCUGUAGUGAAAGAACAAGUUCUACAGAGCAAACAGAUGGGGCGACGGGAAAACAAAAAUAUCAAUGUUGAGGGUCGAGUCGCUUUCGAUCUUCUGUUGGUUCUUCUGAGAGAGUACAAACUCCGGUCAUAUACAUUAAAUGCUGUGAGUUACCACUUUCUGCAAGAGCAGAAAGAAGAUGUGCAUCACAAUAUAAUUACAGACCUUCAAAAUGGGAAUCCUCAGACCAGGCGAAGGUUAGCUGUCUACUGUUUGAAGGAUGCCUAUUUGCCAAUAAGACUUUUAGACAAACUUAUGUGUAUAAUCAACUACAUGGAAAUGGCAAGGGUAACUGGAGUUUCUCUUGCAAGCCUGUUAACUAGAGGGCAGCAGAUCAAAGUUGUAUCCCAAUUGUUGCGCAAGGCUCGAGAAAGGAAUUACUUAAUGCCAGCAUAUGGUGGAGGAGCACAAGAAGAACAGUUUGAGGGUGCCACUGUCAUCGAACCAAAAAAGGGCUACUACAGUGAUCCAAUAGCAACUCUUGAUUUCAGUUCACUAUAUCCUAGUAUAAUGAUGGCUCACAAUCUGUGCUACACAACUUUGCUGCAAGGUGUAGCCAAAGAUAGGCUAGGAUUGUCACCAGAUCAAUACACGAAGACUCCAGCAGGAAAUUAUUUUGUGAGACAAUCGCUAUGCAAGGGCCUCCUACCUGAAAUUUUGGAAAACUUAUUAAGUGCCCGCAAACGAGCAAAGGAGGAGUUAAAACGUGAAACGGACCCUUUUAAAAAGAAGGUGCUGGACGGCAGACAGCUGGCACUUAAGAUAAGUGCAAAUUCUGUGUAUGGAUUCACCGGAGCCCAAGUGGGGAAACUUCCAUGUCUUGAAAUAUCUGGGAGUGUUACUGCAUAUGGGCGUACAAUGAUUGAACAAACCAAGCAGGAAGUAGAACAGCAUUAUAAUAUUGCUAAUGGGUAUGAACAUGAUUCCGAAGUAAUUUACGGAGAUACUGACUCUGUUAUGGUAAAAUUUGGAGUGAAGAGUCUUGAAGCUGCUAUGGCAUUAGGAAGGGAGGCUGCUGAAUAUGUUAGCUCAAAGUUUGUUAAGCCCAUAAAACUGGAAUUUGAGAAAGUUUAUUUCCCAUACUUAUUGAUUAACAAAAAACGCUAUGCUGGGCUGUACUUCACACAACCUGAUAAAUAUGACAAAAUGGACUGCAAAGGAAUUGAAACAGUCCGCAGAGACAACUGCCCUCUUGUUGCUAACAUGAUGAACACAUGUCUGCAGAAACUACUUAUUGAGAGAGAUCCAGAUGGUGCGGUUGAAUAUGCAAAGCAAAUUAUUUCAGAUUUGUUAUGUAACAGGAUAGACAUAUCACAGUUGGUUAUAACAAAAGAGUUAACCAAAUCUGAUUAUGCAGCCAAACAGGCUCAUGUGGAAUUAGCUGCAAAGAUGAAGAAACGUGAUCCAGGAACUGCCCCAAAACUUGGUGACAGAGUGCCUUAUGUAUUAACAACCGCUGCAAAAAAUACACCAGCAUACAUGAAGGCGGAGGACCCAAUCUAUGUGCUGGAGAACAAUAUACCUAUAGAUUCAAGUUAUUAUUUGGAAAACCAGUUGUCAAAGCCACUACUGAGAAUAUUUGCUCCGAUACUGGGAGAUAAAGCUGAAUCUAUAUUAUUGCGUGGAGAUCACACUCGAACAAAGGCUUUGGUAACAUCUCGUGUUGGAGCACUGGCAGCUUUCACACGCCGUAAAGAAACUUGCAUUGGUUGCAAGGCAGUUCUGCAAGAUACAUCUGCUUUAUGCAGCCAUUGUCGGAAAGAUGAAGUGAAACUAUACCAGCAAGAACUGUUUCGUCUGCAAUCACUAGAGGAACAGUUCUGUCGCUUGUGGACUCAAUGCCAGCGAUGUCAAGGAAGUUUGCAUGAAGAAGUCAUUUGUACAAGUCGAGACUGCCCCAUAUUCUACAUGAGGAAGAAAGUACAAAUGGAUCUUGUCACUCAAGACCGAGCACUUCAGAGAUUUGGAAAUCCCACUUGGUGAUGUUGAUGGCAACAUAAACUAAUGUUGUCUCACCCUGACUGAAUAUUGUAAAUAUGUUUGUAUAAUAUGUAACAUUUAUUAAAGUGACUUAUUUUGAAUUA